AUGGCCACGAAGCGGAUCCAUACCGUGCCGACACCAGCCUUAGCUCUCAACCACCUCCGCGUCGCAGUCGUCCAGUGUUUGGACUCGUACCACGACGUCGUCGCCUUUCUUCGAGCCUUGCCGUCGCUUUCGGCGCCACUGGCCGCGCUGCUCGCACUGCUACAGGGGUCGUCGCGCGCCAUGGACCAGUGGCCCGCGAUCGCCCUUGAACGCUUGAGCGAGAGCGAGGUGGAGCUGGCGCUCAUCGCGCUUCCCGCGAUACCUGCCAUCCACGUCCACAACCGCGACGAUUUCGACGACAAUCUCUGGGCGCGGGUUGCCGGCCUAUGCACGCUCGCAGCGACGUGGCCGACCAAGAUCACGCACCUGAGCGAAUGCAUUCAAGACAACGAGAUCCCGUACGUUCAGCGCAUCGUCUCGCACUGCACUCGCCUCGAUGCCAUCGUCCUGCACCUUGACGCAUUUGCGCCGCUCCUGCCGUCGCUGCCACGUGGUCUUCGCCACGUAGCGUUGAUGGCCAAAUUGUAUGUGCCCCCUCCGAUACAGAACAUCGCACCGACCUUGCGGCAGUGGGUCGAGGUUGGCACGAGCAGUAAAAAGCACAUUAGCUUCCACAACACGUGGGUGCUGAGUGACGCCGAGGCUGUCGCAAACGUACUCGCAACCGCCCCGUCUCUGACCGGCCUCGACAUUGACGAUACGUCCGAGCUCGUCGAAGAAGCGAAGCAACUUUUGGCGCGACUGGACGUCGCCAAGCUCACGCGGCUCGAAGUGGACGACGUGGCCGACGUCCGCUGGGUCCUCUCGUUGCUGCAUUCGAUGCCCAACCUCCAAGAUCUCUCGCUCAACUGCGGUGAGUUCAAGACGAUCCCUGCCACGCUGGCUGCCGCGACGCCCCGUCUGCGGAAACUUCAAGUGCGCAAUAUCGGAUUUUCGGCCACGGCUUUCAACAAGUUUCUCGGGUGGGCGUGA